UUCAGAACCAAACAAAAGGUUGAAUUCAAGACAAUGGCACAAAAAAGGAUUGCUGUUGUUACCGGUGGAAACAAAGGCCUUGGUUUAGAAAUAUGCAAGCAAUUGGCUAAAGAAGUCGUGGUGGUGUUAACUGCAAGAGACGAAAAGAGGGGCACCCAUGCUGUCGACGAAUUGCACUCCUAUGGUUUAUUGGAUGUAGUCUUUCAUCAGCUAGAUGUCACAAAUCCAGAGAGUAUUGCUUCUUUGGCGAAUUUUAUUGACACUCGGUUUGGAAAACUCGAUAUUUUGGUGAACAAUGCUGGAAUUAUUACUAAUAACGUUGACGGGGAAUUCUUUUGGAAUCUUAACCUUCUAAGUAAGAAAAUUGGUGAAAAGGCUUAUAAAAAGGCUUUUGAAAAGGGUGAGCAGUAUUUCAAGGAAGUUGUACCACAAACAUAUGAAGGAGCGCGAAAGUGUGUGGAAACCAAUUAUUAUGGAGCUAAAAAUGUCACUCAAGCCUUGCUACCACUUCUUCUUAAAUCUACCUUUCCAAAAAUAGUCAACAUCUCAUCCAAACUAGCGCAACUACAAUAUGUUCAAGAUGAAGGUGCAAAGAAGAUUUUGAGUGAUGUUGAUGGACUCACAGAGGAGGUGGUAGAUGGGGUUGUGAGUGAGUAUUUAAAGGAGGCUAAAGAUCAGGAAUUGUUGGAAAAGAAAGGGUGGUCUAAUAUUGCUUCCAGCUAUGUCAUAUCCAAAGUUGCUCUUAAUGCCUACACCAGGAUAUUAGCUAAGAAAUAUCCAUUUAUAUCUACAAAUGCAGUUACUCCUGGUAACCUUGAUACAGACUUCACUAGUUCUAAAGGAAUUUUCACGGUUGAAGAAGGUGCUAGAGGGCCUGUGAGACUAGCUUUGAUACCUGAUAGCGGACCUUCGGGUCAAUACUUUUUUCAAAUGGAAAAAUCAACAUUUUAAUAUGAAGAAUAAGUAUGAUCCUAGAAUCCAUAUGUACUUGAAAGCUUGGAUGCAUGACUGCUAAAUAGUUCAAAUAAAACGGAAAAAAUAAGUCGGUUGUAUUUUAUUUAUAAAAAAGUUAUGUAUUACCUUGUUCUAUUAUUUUGGUUGAGAAAAAGGCGAAUAUGAAAAUGAUCUUUAUGUCU